CCAAAAUCCGAAUUUAAAUCAACCAUGUCUACCUACACUGAAUCCUGGCUGAGUGGCCCUCACUCUACGUCGUUCUAUACCCGGCUCUACGCCCCGGCCUCUUCCCCCUCUUCCCCCAAGGGCGUGCUCGUGUUCAUCCACGGCUUCAUCGAGCACGUUGGGCGCUACGAGCACGCGCACAACGCGUGGGCCGCGCGAGGGUUCGCCGUCUUCGCCUUUGACCAGCGCGGGUUCGGGCGCACGGCGCUCGACGCGAAGCGGAGCAAGGGGAGCUCGUACGGCAAGACGAGCGGGCCUGACCGCAUGGGCGACGUGCAGUGGGCCGUGCGGCACGCUAAGGAAACGUUCUCGGACGCUCCUGUGUUUUUGAUGGGUCACUCGAUGGGCGGUGGUAUUGUGCUCGGUUUCCCAACACAUUCGGGCUCGCCGCUUGACAAGGAGACCGUUGCCCUCCUCUCAGGAGUCAUCGCGACGAGCCCCUUGCUUCGCCUGUCGCACCCGCCCCUGGAUUUCGUUCGCUGGAUCGGUGGCAAGGCUGGCAACAUAUUCCCUAAUAUGCCGAUCCCUGCCAAUGUCGAGCCCCAAUUCCUCUCACACGAUCAAGCAUGCAUUGAGAGCAACAUCCACGAUCCACUAAUCCACCGCUCGGCGACGCUCCGCGCCAUCGACGACAUGCUCUCGCGCGGCGACAUCCUCGUCGCAGAGAACUUCAAAAACUGGCCCAAAGGACUCCCGGUCUUGAUCGUUCACGGUGACGAAGACCAAGUAUGUUCUAUCGACGCGAGUCAAAAAUUCUACGAGAAACUGCCCGCGUCUGACAAGCACAUGUCUGUCUACUCCGGUGGAUACCACGAGCUACACAACGAGCCGGACGGCGUGAAGGAGAAAUUGUUCGACGAGUGCAUAUCCUGGGCAGAGGCGCGACUGCCUUCUGUCGCUCAUGCCCGCCCGUCAUCGUCGACCGACCGCGUCGCGCCAGAUGCGGCACAAGUCGACGAGUCGCUCUUCUCGUCCCGCCUCUAAACCUCUCUCGCUUGCGCGCCUGCUCUGCCGCAGCUUCCUGAUCUGUUUUGCUUCGAUCUAUCAACGCGGAUACGCGGAUAUCUACACGAUUCCCCGACCUGACAGCUUAUGCAUCGAUAAAGCGAAAAAAAAAGUUGUAUACUAUUCUAAAACUGCUGUUUGGGUUUUUACUCUCACAAGCUUUCGUCGUGGUCUGUUUUGAUCAUAUAUUUAUAAUACCAUUCUGCACUCACAUGUACCAUGUCCAAUAAUACCUAUCUAAGAAUUGUGUUCC